GGCCAGCGAAACGGGAGCGGCGGACAGGGGCGGGUUCCGCUUUCCGUCUAUGAGCCGCUCGGCUGUCGCGAGGGGGCGAAUCCUGCGUGUGGCGGGAGUCCCGUUCCUCUCGCUUCGUAACCUGAUUGACGAACAUCAGCACCAACGCCCAGGAGCCGGCUCUAGGAAAUGAGUCGAGCGCUGGGGAGGUUCGCAUUCUCCGAUCGCUGAGCAGCGCGCGCGCGCACACACACACACACACACUCGCUCUCACGCGACACACUCAGUCUGUGAACGGCACCAGCGCCACCUUUCCUCCUCGCGCCGUGUCGAACCGGCUCUGUCUCGCUUCCUUCCCACCGAGCAUUUUUCUGCUCAUUUCCAAUUUCUGCGCCCGUCUCCUCCUCGCACACCUCCCCCCUCACCGGCCGAGCGCUCGUCUGGAAGAUGGCCACACGAAUCGAUAAAGAAGCGUGCAGGGAAGCGUACAACCUCGUCAGAGACGACAACUCGGGGAUAAACUGGGUUUCCUUCAAGUAUGACGGCUCUAUGAUUGUUCCUGGGGGCCAUGGGGCAGAUUACGAAGAGUUUAAGAGCCAGUGCGCAGAUGACGUGCGCCUCUUCGGCUUCGUGCGAUUCACAACCGGCGACGCCAUGAGCAAGCGCGUCAAAUUCGCGCUCAUCACCUGGAUCGGUGAGAACGUGAGCGGCCUGCAGCGGGCCAAGAUCAGCACUGAUAAAACAACGGUGAAGGAGGUCGUACAGAACUUUGCCAAGGAGUUCAUGGUCAGUGAUCUACGUGAGCUGGAGGAAGAAUACAUCCUCUCUGAGCUGAAAAAGGCAGGAGGGGCCAACUAUGAUGCUCAGACAGAGUAGCGUAGGUUAUAAUAGGGUAGGCUAGAGCAGGCUGGGGCAGAACAACUUGCUGUGAUCAUAGCCUGAACUAGGUUUGAUAUGUGGGCGGGUCACACCCUGUCUCUAAGAAAACCAUUCAAUUUACAUGCACAAUCUCCCCCUCCCCCAGUCCCCUCUCCAGCCCAACAUCUGCAGCCCAUCAUCUCAAACUCAUUCAUGCUGCAGCUGAAUUUCCAAUAUGCCUUUGAUCAUGACCCUGUUUUUACACUAUGAUCAUAACAGGAUCGACAACAUCAUUUAUUUUAUUCUGACUCCACAACGUCAGCUUGCUCUUUUGCUCUUCCUGUCAGGCUCAUACUGUGAAAACAUACCGCUGGUCAGUGGAGAAAUUUACAGUCCUGCCAUCAUACAUCGGAGGUACCUCCAUGCCACUCAUUUCCCUACUUUAAAUUCUUAGUGCAUCAAUCUCCUGUGGAGAUAAGGGCAUUGUGGGAGAAAUGGCUGGCAUCCAUGUAGGGGGCAGGAAUGAAAUAUCUUCCACAUGGACCGUCCGCCCUGUAUUCUUUUUACCUUCCUGCUUGCUGGCCUGUUUUUGGCCAGACUGUGGUAAGGUCCCAGUACUGUGCUCCAAAGGCAGCUGUGACUAUAGUG